AUGGUGUCCAUCAUGGCGACGUUAUGCCUCAUCUUCGCCUGGAGCUUCCUGGCCAACUGUGUGAACUUCAGAGGUGGGCCCUACUCCUAUGUGGGGUUCUGCGCCGCCUUCACCGCCAUCAAGUUCCUGUCCUGCGCCGCCCCGGGGAGCAUCACCUUGUCCACCACCAUCACCUCCUCCAUGUACGCCUGCCUGUUGGCCGUGCUGGUGGAGACGUGUAUCCUCCCCGUGGACGCGCGCGACCUUCUGCAGGGCCGAGUCACUGCGGCGCUGCUGGGCAUCUGGGCGGUGCUGCCGGUGCUCGUCACCACCGACCAGACCAUCUUCAAGAAGGUGAAGCAAAACUUUGGGCUGGAGUCCUUCCCGGACCUCACAGACCGCCUGAAGCAGGUGGGCGCCUAUGACAAGUACCUGGAGUGGCGUGAAGGCUAUAUGCGCUGGCGUCAGGGCCAGAGCUGCGGCGCCCGCGGCGAGAUCGAGGCAGUGGCCGGCGGCACGUCCGAGACGCCGUCCACGACGCCAGGCUCUCAGAGGGAUUUCACGGACGCCUUCAUCCCCAAGUCUGCAGACACGAAGCUGGUGACCAGCGGGGAGGCGUCCCCGAAGCAGGACGUGCACCUCACCAUGCACCGCAUGCCUCCGAUGCCGGAGACGAACUCGGCCGCUGCCACCCACGCCGUGCAGAUGAUGCCGAGCCUCACCGUGCUGCUGAGCGACGAGCGUGAGCUGUCGCUGGUGGCGAUCCAGGAUGUGCUGAACGAGAUCCACAGCACGCUGGCGCCCUUGGAAGAGCUCACCCUGCAGGCCGCAGAGCGCUUGGACGGUCUGAAAAUCGACGGCAACGCCUGGAGUUCCCUGGCCGAUCGCCUCCGCAUCAUGCGGCUGUGGCUGUGCUGCUUGAGCCGAAUCGUCAAGCGCCUGGGCCACGGCUGCAGCCUCGCGGACCUCUUGGGCGACGCCGUGGCGGCGGAGGAUCUCUUGAUGACGGUGGGCUCCACCAUCGCAGCUGCUGCUAGGGCGGUGAUCGGCGCCACAGCGCCGCGGUUGAGGGAGUGCACCAAGCUGGAGGCGCGGCUGCGCUCGGCGCGGGAGGGCCUCUUCUCGGCGCUGACGCGGCGGCGGGUGGGCGCCCAGCGAGACUUGGCGCACGAGGUGGCGGAGGUGCUGGCGCUGAGCGCGGGCCACGCGCUGGUGGCCCUGGUGGGCAACGCCGCGCGGUGCUUGGCCCUCGCGGUGCGCAUGGCGCCGGUGGUGGAGACGCCCCAUGUGAUGCCACGCAGCGCCAGCCUCUCCGCGUCUGGACUACCAGACCUCACCGAGCGACUGAAGCAACAAGGUCAGUACGACAAAUACAUCAAAUGGCGAGAAGGCUACAUGAAAUGGCGGUCUGGAGGGAUCGCUGGAUCGAAGGGUGAGGUAGUGGAGGGUACCACAACGUGA